AUUCAUCGUCAAUGGCGAAUAAAUAAUCAAUCCGCAGACAUAAUCCUUCAUUCUUCAGUGAUGUCGGCCUCUGCUAGUGAUAUCGAAAACAACGCAGCAAUUACCAAACAUGGUGAACAUGCACUUGGUAAACAGACGAGUCGACCGGAUAGAAAGCCACCAUUCCUUUCGCGAAGAUCGGCAGAGGAACUGAAAAAGCGUUUAGCGAGUGGCAUAAGUGCGAAGAUUGCCUCUGGAAACGCUAGAGAUACUAGUCACGCUAGUCAUAGCGAUGAAGACAUUGAAGUACCAUUACAGCACAAAGAAUACCAGGGAAAUGAAUCAAACGCAAAGGAGAUAAAAUCAUUUCCCGGUACUGACGAAAUAUCUCUUCUAAAGGACUCCACCACGACAGAUGACUCGGAGAGAAGUUCACGAAGGGUUAGCGCGAGCAAAACAGAGCUUCAUAAAUCGUUAUUGAUGGCCUUGAUGAGCCGCAAAAAGACGUCGGUAGAUAAUGGCGAGAAAAAUCCACAGGAGAAUUCGAGAAAAGAGACUGAGAUUGACGGAGGAAAGCCACUUAAAGCGAAUGAGAAUGAUUUGCAUAAGUCGCGUGACAGUCAGUAUGAUGUUGCGCAUUUCACUAUCCAGAAGCAAUUUCAUAAUGCAGGGAUGACUGAACAAGCCCAGCUCACGAAAGAUGGCGAAUCUCGAAGUGAGUUUGACGCUAUUGUUGAUGGUGUGGUCGUUGAAAAUGACUCCGAGAUAAACGCUAACACAAGUGUAUUGGAGAGAGCUAAACAUAUCGAGCGUUUGCUUGGACGUAGGAAUGCGGAAAGUAUGCUUGUACUAAAUGGCAACGAGAGCAAGGAUAAAGAGGUUAGUGGUAAUGUAAAUAGUAAUGUAAACAGGAGUACAAUUUAUGGCAAGAGGUCAGAUAAAGAAGUAAUGUCGAUUGACACGCUGAUGAAAGGCGAAAAACAUCAAAACAAGCAUCAAAAAGCGAAUAUCGAUACAAAUUCAAAGCCCGAAACUUUCAUUGCGUCAAAUUUGGGCAUGAGAAACAAGAACAUCGAAGGUGAUGAAAAUGUUAUAGUUAGAAAGAAAGUGCCUCCUCCUGUAACUAAAAAGCCAUCGAGGAGUGAAAUAAAAAAUUUCAAACAGUCAAACAUGUCACUUGAUAAUGUUGCGGUAGCAGGUUCAAGCGGUUCAGCCAGUUUGAAUAGUUUAAACCAUUCAAACACAAAGAAAGCUUACGAUAUGAGUGCAAAAAUUAUAAGCGAAAAUAAUGAGGAUCUGCUAGAGAAACUUGAAGUUGGCGUGGGUGCGUGUAAAAUUGUCGCAUUUAAAACAAUGGAGGAGUUCUCCAUCUUACGAAUAAAGUUGAAUCAAGUUCGUCUUGAACUGGAUCAUUUCAAACGAGACAGGGAAAAGAGAACGCCUUUAAUUUGAGUACUAUUUAAAGUGAUUUCUUAGUACUUUUUAGUUCUUGUGUUAUUUUUGUGAGUCGAACCUUUUCCUUCAUGUUUAACACGCUGAUCAAUCGUGGAAUUAGCAUAAUGUGCGCAUUGUGACGAUCCUAUAGCUAUAUGGUGUGUUUUACAAGAGAGAACAAUGGUUUAAUUCAUGCUGUUAUUUUUUAAAAACCUGAAUCAGUAAUUAUUUGAAUGUACGCAGAACAGGAAAGAUGAAUAAGUCAACUCGUUUGUCUUGUCUUGUCGCGUCUGACCUAACGUACGCUUAUCGGCUCAUUACGAGAAAAUCAUGUUAUUAUAUUAAGAGUUUUGGCAAAAGAAGUUACCUUAUGGUUCAUAUGUAGCGUUACCUUUGGUUUAUACCCAUACCAAAAUAAUUCGUUUUACUUUAAAAAACGUGCACUAUUUUCUGAAAAAAAAGGAGAUAACGUAGAUGAAUGCUAAGAUGGCGUUCUCGGAAUAAAUGGGGGCGUCUUAUGGGCAGGCUUUCAUUUGAAAUUUGAUUGGAUGACGUGUCAUAAUUUCAGCCAAUGAUGUUCGUUUUUCCACCCAUGUUAUCUGCUGGUGGUCGAUUGCAGAAUUUUCGACGAACCAUCCACUGUUCGGUGAAUAUCAUGGCGUCUUUACGAGUUGCUAUAAUCGGACAAUCACAGUUUGGAAUGGAAGUUUAUAAAAAACUACGAUCAAAAGGGCACGAAAUUGUUGGGGUAUUUACAAUACCGGACGUAAAAGGAAAGCCAGACGUUUUGGCAAGUGAGGCCGAAAAAGACGGUUUGCCAGUUUUCAAACAUAAACGCUGGAGGAACAAAGGAGAAGAGACAACAAUUGCGAAAAUUUUCGAGCAGUACAAAUCAUGUAAUGCUGAGUUAAACGUUAUGCCUUUCUGUAGUCAGUUUAUACCUAUGGACGUAAUCAACUUUCCUAAACAUGGCUCAAUAAUUUACCAUCCAUCUUUACUUCCCAGACACAGAGGAGCGUCUGCGAUAAAUUGGACAUUGAUGGAAGGCGACAAGCAGGGUGGUUUCACCAUAUUUUGGGCUGAUGAUGGCUUGGACACUGGCCCAAUUCUACUACAAAAGAGGGUGGAUGUCGAUCCAAACGACACAGUUGAUACAUUAUAUAAUCGUUUCUUAUAUCCAGAGGGUAUAAAGGGAAUGGUUGAAGCGGUUGAGUUAAUAUCUGAUGGUAAGGCCCCAAGGAUUGUUCAAUCUGAAGAUGGUGCAACAUACGAUAAGAUCUGGAAGAAAAAGGAUGUUGCUAAGAUCAACUGGGAUCAGCCAGCAGAAAAACUCCAUAACUUUAUCCGUGGUUGUGAUAAGCUUCCUGGUGCGUGGUCAAUAAUUGAUGGAGAGCAAGUUACAUUCUACAGUUCAUCCCUUGAGCAAACUACAGAUGUUCCCGAAGGAUCGCCUGUGAUUAUUGAAGGUCUCGCCAAGCCAGCUGUUGUACAUGCAAAUGGAAUGACACUUGUUGGAAAUGACAGCAAAAUGUUGACGGUGAAAGCCUUGGGUUUGUCCACUGGCAAAAUGAUUCCGGCGUCAAAAUUUGGACAAUCAUCAGAAGAUUCGGAAUCGCUCGAGUUGUCCGAGCAAGAAAAAGAAAUGGAACAAAAGAUUCAAGUAGUCUGGGCUGGUAUCUUGGCAAAUCCUGAUGUUGAUAACGAUACGGAUUUUUUUGCCGCUGGAGCUGGCUCGAUGGACGUUGUUAGGUUGAUAGAAGAAGUUAAGGAAAAAUGUGAUAUUUCACUCGAAGCAGAGGACGUCUACAUGAAUACAGGUUUUGGUGAUUUCGUGAAAAUGGUCGUGUUGACUUCACGCGGGGUCACAAAUGAAGAAUUCAAAGUAGACACAAUCGACAAACAUGUGAACAACAUGGAGAUCAGAAUGCCUCAUCAAGCUUUCAUCAAUGGAAAUUUUGUCGAUUCCAGUUCAGGGAAAACGUUUCAGACGAUCAACCCACACGAUGAAACUGUGCUAGCCGACAUAUCCUAUUGCUCUAAAGAAGAUGUCGACCUGGCUGUUACUGCUGCAAAAGAUGCAUUUGAGAAAGGACCUUGGGGACGAAUGAAUGCUCGAGAUCGAGGGACCUUGAUGUACAGGCUAGCAGAUAUCAUGGAGAAACAUAAAGAAGAAUUAGCAACGAUCGAAUCACUCGAUGCCGGUGCCGUGUACACUCUUGCUUUGAAGACGCAUGUUGGAAUGUCCAUUGAUACCUUUAGAUAUUACGCUGGCUGGUGUGAUAAAAUACAGGGAACAACCAUUCCUAUCAACCACAGUCGUCCCAGUAAGAAUCUAUCUUUCACAAAACGAGAACCAUAUGGCGUUUGCGCUCUUAUUGUGCCCUGGAACUAUCCCUUGAUGAUGCUAGCAUGGAAAAUGGCGCCUCUUCUUGCUGCUGGAAACACCGUCGUUCUUAAACCGGCACAGGUUACACCGAUGACGGCGUUGAAGUUUGCCGAACUCACAGUAAAAGCUGGAUUUCCUCCCGGUGUGAUCAACAUUCUUCCUGGUUCAGGUUCCCUGAUAGGGAAUUACCUUUGUGAACAUGCAGAUAUCAGCAAGGUUGGUUUCACAGGAUCAACUCCAGUUGGCAAGAAGAUAAUGUCGAACUGUAGUCCCUCGUUGAAACGAGUCCAACUUGAACUUGGCGGAAAGUCUCCACUUGUCAUCUUUGCCGAUUGCGAUCUGGAUCGAGCUGUCCGUCAGGGGCUCAUGGCUUGUUUCUUCAACAAAGGGGAGAAUUGCAUUGCUGCUGGUCGGCUGUUUAUCGAGAACUCCAUUCAUGACGAGUUCGUCGAGAAAGUGGUAAGUGAAGUGAAGAAAAUGAAGAUUGGCGAUCCGUUAGAUCGCUCUACUGAUCACGGACCGCAAAAUCAUAAGGCCCAUCUGGAUUCGUUGCUAUCUUACGUCGAGACUGGUGUGAAAGAAGGAGCCACUUUGGUAUACGGAGGGAAACGUGUGGAUAGACCUGGUUGGUAUAUGCAGCCGGCAAUCUUCACUAAUGUUCAAGACGGGACAUUUAUUGCCAAAGAGGAAUCCUUCGGCCCUAUUAUGGUCAUAUCAAAGUUCCCUAAUGGGGACAUUGAUGGUGUGAUCAAGAGAGCGAAUGCGACAGAAUACGGCCUCGCGUCUGGAGUGUUCACGAAAGAUCUAAGCAAGGCAAUGCGCGUUUCUGACGGACUGGAUGCAGGCACGUGCUUUAUAAAUUGCUAUAACAAAACAGAUGUUGCCGCUCCGUUUGGUGGCUUCAAGCAAUCAGGGUUCGGCAAAGAUUUAGGUGAAGAAGCAUUGAAUGAAUAUUUACGCACGAAAGUUGUCACGAUUGAAUAUUAAAAGUAACCUUUAGUGCAGUGUUAUUUUUUUACCGAACUCACGAUAGUAUUUAUUGUCAAGUAUAUUUAAUUCUAUCCAAGCUGCUUUUCUGUAUGACACGAAAAGAAUGCGAAAUAAAUCGCUCGCAGCCAA